AUGUCCUAUUUAAAUAUUCUAUCUAGUUAUUUAGAUAAAAACCCUACUUCUUUAUCUAAAAACGAUCUGCUUUUAUAUGAUGAGCGGUGUAUUACGAUAUAUGACAAGUUCCCAAAAUCAAAGUAUCACUUUCUUAUCCUUCCGAGGAAAUCAAGCGAUCUCCCCUCCUAUCCUAACUCUUUAGAUGAUCUACUCAACUUCGAUGACGAUAUCAUAAACAAGGUACUAGAUACUCUUGAUAGGACAUUAACACAAGUUGAAGAAUCUAUUCAUGAUAUGCAAUUACGCGAUUAUGGCAAAACUUGGGACAUAAACAAAGGCUUUCACGCUGUUCCUUCACUGAAUUGCAUUCAUCUGCAUGUCAUGUCAAACGACCUCAUUUCUGAUCGCUUGAAAAACAAGAAGCACUACAAUUCUUUCCACCCUGGUAAGGGCUUCUUCAUACACUUCGACGACGUAUGCAAAGCCGUUGAAAACGGUACCAAGGAGCAAUUAAGGUCCUCCCUUAAAGCUAAAGAGGUGCUACUCAAAGACCCUCUUCAGUCUCACUAUAACGGCAAGAUAUAUACCAACAUCCCAAAGCUCAAGACUCACCUGGUCGAAUAUUUCAACGACAACGUCAUAAAUAAUCACUAAAGUAAUAAUUAUGUAUCAGUAUGCUAUUUCUAACAAUAUUAUUAACUCGUCUUCACUUAGCUUUAUCAAGUGCCCUGUUGAAUCCACCAACUCGGUUCAUGUACUGUCUGUAUGUCCUCGGCUGGUGUACCUUUGCAGCACCUUCUUCAUUACCGACUACCUUUUUACCCUUGGUAGUGUCGAAGCCACCGAAUCCCAUCAUUUGUUGCAUAGCUAAGCUAUCCUCAUCAAUAUCCUCCUCUUGCUCCUCUUCUUGUGAUGCAAUCUCUUCUUUGUUGUGGGCUUUCUUCUUUUCUUCUUCUUUUGCUCUCUCUUCUUCUUCAGCUCUCUUCCUCUCCUCCUCAGCCUCCUUUGAUUGAAGAUACUUCAACAUACGCUCCCUGUCUGCAGCCGAGCCAUCACGGAGAUCUAUACCGCCUAGUUUGUGAUCUUUCUGACGAGGUGGAGAUCUACUUCUCCGUCUGUGGUCUCUAUGGUCUCUGUGGUCUCUGUGGUCUCUGUGGUCUCUGUAGUCUCUGCGAUCUUCCCUGCGAUCUCUAGGAUCCCUUCUGUAAUCUCUAUCGUCUCUCCUGUAGCGAUCUCUAUCUCUGUCAUCGCUGCGUCUAUCUCUACGUCUAUCUAUAUGAUCACUUCUAUCUCUAGGCUGAUAUCCAGGUCUAUCAGAUCUCUUGUCUGUAGCUCUUCUCUCGUAAUUGUCACCUUCACCGUAAUCGAGCAUGGUUGUC